AUGACGUACGAUCAGCCGCGCAACGCAUUUUCGAGCUGGAUCAUUUUAAAUUUGACAUAUCUCGUGAGGUGCAACGCCGCUAAACGCAACAUCCCCCCGACGGGAUCUAGGUGGACUGCAAGUAGCGGUAGAGGCCGCUGCGUGCGAAAUUGGCGCAAUUCUAGCGCAUGCGCAGGGCAUUUCGCUCACCGGCGGGACUCGAUCGGACCCGACCCCUCGCUGAUAGAAAAAUCGAGGACGUAA